AUGGCGGACAGGGUGGAAACGUGUCGAGCGUCCUUGCAGAGCUGCCCCCCCGGUCAUUCUGAUCGACCAACGAUUCUCAACGAUCUUGGCUUCAGCCUUUAUGACAGAUUCGAGCAGCAGGGUAUCCCGUCUGACCUUGACGAGUCCAUCGAGCUCUUUCGGGCUGCACUACUCAUCUGCCCUCCCGGUCAUGAACUUCGACCAACGUCUCUCAACAAUCUUGGCAUGGGCCUUUAUGAGAGAUUCACUCAGCGGGGUGUCCCUUCUGACCUUGAUGAGGCCAUCGAGCUCUUUCGGGCCACACUACUCAUCUGCCCUCCCGGUCAUGAACUUCGACCAACGUCUCUCAGCAAUCUUGGCCUCGGCCUUCAUGACAGAUUCAAGCAGCAGGGUGUCCCGUCUGACCUUGACGAGGCCAUCGAGCUCCAACAGGCUGCCCUACUCAUCCGUCCCCCUGGUCAUUCUGAUAGACCAAUAUCUCUCAACAAUCUCGGCCUCUGCCUUUAUGAGAGAUUCACUCAGCAGGGCCUCCCGUCUGAUCUCGACGAGGCUAUCGAGCUCUUUCGGGCCACACUACUCAUCUGCCCUCCCGGUCAUGAACUUCGACCAACGUCUCUCAGCAAUCUUGGCCUCGGCCUUCAUGACAGAUUCAAGCAGCAGGGUGUCCCAUCUGACCUUGACGAGGCCAUCGAGCUCCAACGGGCUGCCCUACUCAUCCGUGCCCCUGGUCAUUCUGAUAGACCAAUAUCUCUCAACAAUCUCGGCCUCUGCCUUUAUGAGAGAUUCACUCAGCAGGGCCUCCCGUCUGAUCUCGACGAGGCUAUCGAGCUCUUUCGGGCUACACUACUCAUCUGCCCUCCCAAUCACUCUCUUCGACCAACGUAUCUUAACAAUGUUGGCAUGGGCCUGUAUGACAGAUUCAAGCAGCGGGGCGUCCCGUCUGACCUUGAUGAGGCCAUCGAGCUCCAACGAGCCACGCUACUCAUCUGCCCUCCCGGUCAUUCUUUUCGACCAACGUCUCUCAACAAUCUUGGCCUCAGCCUUUAUGACAGAUUCAAGCAGCGGGGCGUCCUAUCUGACCUUGACGAGGCCAUCGAGCUCCAACGGGCUGCACUACUCAUCUGCCCUCCCGGACAUUCUGUUCGACCAACGUCCCUCAACAAUCUUAGCAUGGGCUUUUAUAACAGAUUCAAGCAGCGCGGCGUCCCGUCUGACCUCGACGAGGCCAUCGAGCUCCAACGGGCCACACUACUUAUUUGCCCUCCCGGCCAUUCUUUUCGACCAACGAUUCUCAGCAAUCUUGGCCUCAGCCUUUAUGACAGAUUCGAGCAGCGGGGUGUCCCGUCUGACCUUGACGAGGCCAUCGAGCUCCAACGGUCUACACUACUCAUCCGUCCCCCCGGUCAUUCUGAUAGACCAAUAUCUCUCAACAAUCUCGGCCUCUGCCUUUAUGAGAGAUUCACUCAGCGGGGCCUCCCGUCUGACCUUGACGAGGCCAUCGAGCUCCAACGAGCCACGCUACUCAUCUCCCCUCCCGGUCAUUCUUUUCGACCAGCGUCUCUCAACAAUCUUGGCCUCAGCCUUUAUGACAGAUUCAAGCAGCGGGGCGUCCCGUCUGACCUCGACGAGGCCAUAGAGCUUCAACGGGCUACACUACUCAUCUGCCCUCCCGGUCAUUCUCUUCGACCAACAUCUCUCAGCAAUCUUGGCAUGGGCCUUUAUGACAGAUUCAAGGAGCGUGGCGUCCCGUCUGACCUUGAUGAGGCCAUCGAGCUCCAACGAGCUACACUACUCAUCUGCCCUCCCGGUCAUUGUGAUCGACCAACGAUUCUCAACAAUCUUGGCCUCAGCCUUUCUAACAGAUUCAAGCAGCGCGGCGUCCCGUCUGACCUUGACGAGGCCAUCGAGCUCCAACGGGCCACACUACUCAUCUGUCCUCCCGGUCAUUCUCUUCGACCAACGUCUCUCAACAAUCUUGGCAUGGGCCUUUAUGAGAGAUUCACUCAGCAGGGCCUCCCGUCUGACCUUGACGAGGCCAUUGAGUUCCAACGGGCCACACUACUUAUUUGCCCUCCCGGCCAUUCUUUUCGACCAACGUCUCUCAACAAUCUUAGCAUGGGCCUUUAUGACAGAUUCAAGCAGCGCGGCGUCCCGUCUGACCUCGACGAGGCCAUCGAGCUCCAACAGGCUACAUUACUCAUCUGCCUCCCCGGUCAUUCUCUUCGACCAACGUCUUUCAUCAAUCUUGGCACGAGCUUUUAUGAGAGAUUCAUUCAGCGAGGUGUGCCUUCUGACCUUGACGAGGCCAUCGAGCUCCAUCGGGCUGCACUACUCCUUUAUCCCCCUGGUCAUUCUGAUCGAUCAUUGUCACUCAACAGUCUUGCCCUCUGCCUUCGAAACAGAUUCGAGCAGCGGUGCGCCCCGUCUGACCUUGAUGAGGCAUUUAGGCUGUAUGCGCAACUCUCUCAUAUAGCUCAUGCAGUCUCUCGUGAGGAUCUUACUGCUGCCAAGUCAUGGGCCACCUCGGCCGAGGAGAAGAACCAUGACUCUGUAUUGGUUGCCUAUCAAACUGCAUUGAAAUUCCUAGAUCAGCAUGUUACUAUAUUGUCAUCUUCUCCACUCCAUUUCGAUAUUGUCAGGAUGGCCACUGCUUCCCUUGGAAUGGACGCUUUCUCAUGCAGUGUUCGUCAUGGCGCGCUCACAACUGCUGUGGAAAUGGUGGAGCAAGGCCGUGCAGUAUUCUGGACUCAUUUGGCACGCUUCCGCACACCCCUCGAUGAACUCUCCAUGUCUGGUGACACCGGCGCAGCCUUGGCAGAAGAGAUCAAGCAGCUCAGUUUUCGCCUUCAUAACGCGUUCGGCCGGUCUGCUGAAGACCCGUCUCCGCAAAUCCGGCAAUUGACCAUGCAAUGGGAGGACGUCAUCUCACGCAUCCGCAUGCUGCCUGACUUUCCUCGAUUUCUCCUGCCCCCGCUGUUCUCUGACCUCCAGAAAUCCGCUGAAGAAGGCCCGGUUGUCAUCGUCAAUGCUAGUCAGUACAGCUGCGAUGCUUUGAUUAUCCUAAGUGAUCAAGAUCCUGUCCACGUUCCACUUCAUAUUGCGCAGACCAAAGUCUCCAAAUUGUCUUCCGAGUUCCAGUCCCUUUCAGGACAAUUUGGUUUUUCCAAUCAUCUAUACAAGCUUGUCGACAUCCUCCGGAAGCUUUGGCGUGAUGUCGUUGACUCCGUGGUCCAAGCUCUCAAAGAGUCUAAAGUUCACCGUGGCUCACGUAUUUGGUGGUGUCCCACUGCCGAUUUUACGCUGCUUCCUCUACAUGCAGCAGGACCCUACGAGAAGAAGAAAGACAAUUUAUCUGACAUUUACGUCUCCUCUUACACCCCCACUUUGGCGACACUUGUUCGUGCAAGACAGCAGGUUUCUGGAGAUGCGUCCCCGCAACAUUUUCUUGCCAUUGGUCAAGGAAACUCUAAAGGGGCGAAGGCACUCGAAUAUGUCGCUCCCGAGUUAGCCGUAGUCGCUCGGAUUCUCGCGCCUGUUGUCUCGGUCACGUCGCUCGCGGACGGCGAUGCGACAGUUCAAGGUGCACUUGAUGCACUAAAUCAUAACCAGUGGCUCCAUCUCGCCUGCCAUGGAAUGCCCAAUCGAACACAACCGUUCGACUCUUCCUUUGCAAUGUGCGAUGGGCCGUUGAUGAUCAAGGACAUCAUCCGGUCCAACUGGCAGAAUCCAGAAUUUGCUUUCUUAUCAGCCUGCCACACUACCGUAGGCGAUGAGAAGAGUCCCGACGAGUCGAUCCAUCUCGCUGCGGCCAUGCAAUUCUCCGGAUUUCGCAGUGUAAUAGGUUCCAUGUGGUCUAUCGACGACGAGGUUGCACGACAGGUUGUGUCUGCUUUUUACCGCAACCUGGUCAAUGGGUCAGGGAGAUUGGACUGCACACGGGCUGCGGUGGCGUUGCACAAGGCUGUGAAAUCGUUGCGCAAGAAGAUUCCGCUAGAACAGCAGAUCGUGUUUGUUCACAUAGGUGUCUAG